CGGCCAAGGGUUUCGGUAGGGAAGGUAAGUAGUUUAACAUUUUGAAGUGGAGCCAAAAACAAGAACGCUUGGCGCGAAACUCUAAAUUUCACUUUCCUAUUGUUUUUGUUUAUAUUCCCAAACAUCUCCAUUUUCAUCUUCCACACACCACACCAAUUAGGGUUCUUAAAUUCCUUUUUUCUCAUUACAGAUCUCACAAUCAAGCUUCAAAAUCUCUGGUUGGAAACGCGCAUAGGUUCCAAGAAACGCCAGAGAGCUGAAAAUGGCGGCAACGGUGAUAAUCGACCUCGACGUUAAAAACACUCCUCCAAGUCCAACUCCUGCUCCUCUUCCUCUUCCUCCUCAAGAUCCGAAAUUAAAUCGUGCCAAGAGCAACAUUCGGAAGCGAAAGAAGGAUAGCAUGCCGCUGCAAAACAUAAAGAGCGCGGAAGAGAAAUACGCGCUCAUCCAAACCCUCAUGAAGGAGCUCGAUGGAUUGUUCAAGUAUUACAAAGAAGUUAUGGCUCAGAAAGUGUGCGUCGAGCUGAGCCACUGUGGUGGUUCGCGAAACGCUGUUGUUGCGGCGCUGAUGGAGGAAAGUGACCUUCCGUUGACGAGACUCGUGGAAGCGAUUCAUGACAAGUUGAACAGUGAAGUAGGAAACGGCGCAAUCGUGCUGGCGGAGCCUGUGACGUACGCGUCGGUGAAGAGUAGUGUGUUGUUUGUGGGGCAGAGAAUGGUAUAUGGCGUGCCUAAUGCUGAUGCUGAUAUAUUGGAGGACCAUGCCGAUUCAUGUCUCUGGUGUUGGGAGACGAGGGAUGUGAAAUUGAUGCCAAGAUAUGUUCGAGGACAACUUGGUGUUAGACGUACUUGCCGAAGAAGGAUACAUGAGAGGAUCAUGGCUGUCUCUGAAAUGAUAGCAUCACUGAAAAAGCUAGAGAGUGAACCAGAUUACAAUCAUGGCUUAAUGAAGGCAUCAAAAAAGCUCAAUAAAGCUUUCAAUGAGGCAGAUAUUCGCCUGUUAGUGGAUGCCUUGAUGCAGAAAAACAGUGAAGACAUGGCCAAGAAAAAAGCAAACCAAGAAAAUAAAUUGCUAGUUAAACAGUUGGAGAGAAAUAGAAAAGAAGCUGAUAAAGAGAAAGAAAGUGCACACAGUGAACUGCAAAGCGAAACACUGCUUAGUGAAUCAGAUUUAAAAUUGUCACAAGAUGAGGCAAGAAAUGGUGAGAAAUUUUUUGAAAAGAGGAAACAGCAAAAGAAGCAGGUAGAGGGUGCAGAAAAGGAUCAACGGCGUCGAGAGAAAGAAGAAGCUGAAUUAAAAAAGAAGCGAUGUUUACAAAAGCAAGCCUCAAUUAUGGAACGCUUUCUGAAAAGAAGUAAAAUUGAUCCCUCAUCUCAGAGUGACAAAGUUCCAAAUAAAUCAAUGGCAUCUGAUACAUCAAGCAGCAAGAGUGAGAGUGUGUCUGAGUCAGCUACUAUUUCAAUGGAUUGUACUCUUGCAUCAAGUAGUGCUGUUACACUUGAGGAUAUUCGCAAGUUGCAUUUUUCUUCAUGGCGCUGUUUAGGACAAUCCAUUCGCUCAAACAGAAGACAGAGAUGGGGCUUACGUCAUAAACCAAGGACUGAAGUAUUUAAGGAACUUAAGCUGACUGCUACUAAAACUGCAGUUCAUGAUGAUGAGUUAGAUAUGGAGAAACAUGUAGACAGAUUGGGAGAAUUUAGUUCUGAUAUUAGUUCCUGCCCAAUGAAUGCAGAGGUUUCUCCUCUUGAUGCCAAGAAGUAUAGUCGAGGGAGACAAUUGUUGCAGUUUGAUAAUGCUCAUAGACCUGCCUUUUAUGGUGUUUGGCCCACAAAAAGUCACAUUGUUGGACCACGCCAUCCUUUAAGGAAAGAUCCAAGUCUGGAUUAUGAUGUCAGCAGCGAUGAGGAAUGGGAAGAGGAGGACCCUGGUGAAAGUCUUUCUGAUUGUGAUAAAGAUGAAGAGGAAUGUCAAGAGGAAGGCUCAAAGUCUGAUGGAGAAAGUGAAGAUGGGUUUUUUGUACCUGAUGGAUAUCUCUCUGAAGAUGAGGGUGCACAAGUAGACAGAAUGGAAAUAGAUAAUGACAUUGAGGGGGCUGAUAGCUCACCAAGCUGUAAGGAUGAUGCCGAGAGCGAGGAGUUUUGUGCUUUACUUCGACUACAGAAAUAUUUAAACAAUUUGACUGAGCAUGCUCUUCGAAAAAAUCAACCCUUGAUUAUAUCAAAUUUGAUUCAUGACAAGGAGAUUUUGUUAUUGGAUCACCAUAUUAGUGGUGCUCCUAAGCUGGAGCAGAUGUGCUUGCAAGCUUUGAGUAUGUACAUAAUUCCUGGCUGCUCAGAUAUAGAAAUAUCUAUGGAUCAAAUGCAAGAUAAGGACCAGGAAGCCUGCCUCUCUUCUGGUAAAGGUGGUACUUGUCCAGUAUCUGAUGUGGCUAUCAUACCAGACUCAGAUCUACCCAUAAUUGUGACUACUAUUCAAAAUUGUUCUCAAGGGAUGAAUAAAGUGUUAGGGUCUUUGCAACAGAUAUUCCCAUCUGUAUCAAAGUCCUUACUGAAGAAUAAAGUGCGUGAAGUGUCAGACUAUGUUGAUAACCGUUUGCAGGUGAAGAAAGAAGUUUUAGUUAAGCUUGGCUUGGCAGUUAAACCUGAAAAAAGCAGCGGGGAACCAAGAAGUAUUGCUGCAUUUUUUUCAAAAAGGUGCUUGCCACCGACUGGUGAAAGUGUGAAAACUGGUGAAACUUCACCGCUGCCAUUCCUGAAAUCACAUUCUGCCAUUGAUGAACGACAGCAAAGUUCGUAUAAUAUUUAAUGCGGGAUAUUUUGUUGCACAGUGGCAUUUUGGUUACUUCCCGAUUACUUACUGUAGACUUUGUAGAAAUUGGAGAUAGUAGGUUGCACUUGAUGCUUGUUGACCUCUGUAGGCUAGUUUCUGAUUAAGAUAUGUCUGAACACUACUUUUUUGCAAGACUUGAUAAAAUUUUAUGUUUAACUAUAUUGUAACAAGAGGAUUGCUUUUUGCAGCCCAUUUUAUCAAUUUAAUUUGUCCUUUUCAAACU